CAGCAAUUGCUGUGGAGUCCUCGAGGGGCCGGAUUUCUUUCGAUCUCGAUAUUCGUGUUGAGCGCUGUUUAUAAUGAAGCUUUUAAAGUGUCAGCACUGUGUUGGACAAGAUAAAGCAGCAGAAGACACAGAACAUGUGGAGAAACUCUUGCCAGCAGGUUACAGUCAUCUAUUAUGUCACCAUGAGCUGCUGGAGAUGACAAGUGGUGUAGAAAACUUCAGAGUAGCUCUAAAGUUGCAGCUGACCACAGAGGAGGAGGUCCAGAAGUGGCUGGAGAACUUCCAGAAAUCUUCAACCUUAACAUGGAGAAAAUCCAGAACAUACCCUGACUCUGGACGCUAUAACAAAUACAGAGUAGAUCUGAGAUGCCAGCACAAAACGUACAGUGCGUCAUCCAAGUCAACCAAAAAUACCAACUGCCCUGCUACCAUGUUUCUAAUCCUCAAAAGACACAUGAAUGAAAGGAAGUCCAGAUCUGGAGACCCGCACAUGGAAGAGGGCUACUUCCUCCAUGUGAAAUUGAGGAACGAACAUAACCACAGACUGACCGGUGAAGAGGCCAUGCGAAGGAGAGAUGUGUCUAGUGAGACCAUUGAAAAGCUCCAGCAGCUCUACAGAAGCGGUCACUCUCCCUCAUCAGCUCUCAAGACCAUCAAAUACAACCUGCAGGAAGAAGAAGGAGAUAAUUACAUUUAUGCCAUCGCAGACCGCUCCAUCUGUCCAGACCUUCCGUUCUGCUACAGAUUGUACAACAAGCUUUUUCAGAAGUCAGAUGCUGCCCCUGCAGAGAAAGACAUUACAGAAGAGCUUUUGAAACCCUUAUUGGUACAGUCAUGGGAGGCAACGGCAGUGACAGUUGGACAGACUGUGAGCAUUGAAGAAGGAGUGACUCUUACUACAGUACCAUUGAUCACCACAGAUGAGGAUUUCACAGAAGACAAUGAACCAGGGCCAAGUGCUACUGAAGAGGUUGUUGGCUCUUUGGACGGACAGCUUGAGGAGAUUUUUGGAAUGCUGAAAAAGAAUCUAAACGAGGAUGCUAGUUUCACACCUCCUAUAAGAGCUUUUGUGUCCAAUUUCUUUCAAAUAAAGACUGACAGUGCUCUGCAGUCAGCACUCUAUUCUUUUGGUAAGAGCACUCAAACAACAGCCCAUCUGAUGGGUGUACCACCUGUUGCAGGUCCACGUAGAAAGGGGUAUUUGGGUGUAAGACGAAUUGGCAGGCCACCAAAGAUAUUGAGAAGAGAACACCCAUACUGCAACAGCAGAACCAAAAACACUUCCCAAACUCUCACAUUAAUUUUGCAGGACAGCAAUACCCUUGAAAAGACCCAACUCCAACACACCACCACCCAGAACAACAACAUUUAAAGUCAACAUGAAAUCACAAUUGACACUAUUUACUUAAAACAUGUUCCUGGUUGUUAUUGUGCACAAUUUCUCAGUGCAAAUAGAAAAAAAAUUUGUUCAUAAUCUUUCAUCAAAAUGUAAUAACUUGUGCUGCCUCUGAAAGUACUUUCCUUUUCAGGUAACAUCGCCAUAAUAUAAACCGAUUGGCAAGUAGCUGUUUAGUCAUUUUUAUAGAGUACUGUUGUAGUUAAUGCAGCCUUUCUCAAACCUUUUCAGUAGUCAACAGUAAUUUAAUGCUGUUUUAAGUGAGGUUUCGGGAAAAAUAUCAAAUAAAAGAUUUGAAAAAGUGUUACCAUUAGGAUACGUGGAGAUGCUCUGGGGUGUGAACUUGACUUUCAGCCAUCAUGUCCACAUCCAAAAGCCACCUCAAAAGUGUGUGCCAGCUGUGUUUUAGGCCCCCACAAUCCACUGCAAACUCAAGUCAAGUCAUUUUUAUUUGUAUAGCGCCUUUCACAACACACAUCGUUUCAAAGCAGCUUUACAGAAGAUCAGGCAUUAACAGAAGAUAAAACUGUAAUAUCUAUAAAGUCUUAGUCAUCAUUGUGUAGUUUGAUUAAAUAUGAUUGUGUAUUGUUUAAAAAUAAGUAAUUAAAUAAGUCUCCAAUUGUUUUCUUGUUGAAUAUUCUAGUUCUCACAGAAAUACAUCACAUAAUGGUAGUAAAAUGGGUUGCAAAUGCUGUUUUAUAUUGACUUUAAUGCCCAAAUUGAGCAUUUGUAAAUAAGAUGAAUACAAUGUGUUUUAUUAUUAUUGUAUCCUGUUAUUUUAGAAAACUUAUACAAAGGUAAAAUGUGUUAAAUGUGAUUAUUUCCCAAACCCAUGUAAAGUGACUGGAUGUUACUGUUUUUAUCUUACACAUUAUCCAAGCUUUGUUUUUGUCCAAUACCAUUAAGGCUCCAUGUGCAGGACAUUUUUAUGUGGUUUAAUUCUGGCAAAAUGCGACUAAAAUAAAACAAUUCCAUCACUA